AGGUAGAAAACCGAAGUCUUUCACUGCUGCCGUAGGAGACAGGAGAAACUCCACCGCACUGAGCAUCCAUCCUUUGGCACAUCUGUCCUCUUGCAUCACUGCUGAGUCCACUACACACACAGAGAGAACGAGUACGAUGAACAUCCCACCCAACACGGUCAACGUGCUGCGCAGCGUCCCGCUGCCGGACGAGGCGGCCACGAUGCACACCAACGCCGCGGUGCUCGACGUGGGGAGCUGCAGCACCCGUCUCGGCUUUGCCGGCGACACGGCCCCCCGCAUGCGUCAGCGCACCUGCGUCGUGAAGGGCCGGGCCUGCUUCGAUGAGGCCAGCGCCAUUUUAGACGAGUCCGACGACCCGGCCGCCGCGACGGUGCUGAAGAGCGGCGUCAUCGCGGAUUGGGAAGCCUAUGAGCAGCUGAUGGAGCGCGUGGUGUGCAUGCUGGACCUCGGCAAUGCCGAACACAGCACCCCUCUUUUGCUGACGGAGAAGGCCCUCGUGCCGGAUCAUCAGCGGCGGAAGAUUGCGGAGUUGCUGUUCGAGACGUACCACGUAGGGGCCGCGAGCUUCGCCUUGAGCCCCGUCCUCGCGCUGUACGCCUCCGGCCUCAGCACCGGCGUCUCCGUCGAAUUGGGAAACGACCAGAGCCACGUCGUGCCCGUCUUUCAAGGGCUGUCGCUCUUCCACGCGACGCACGCGCUGGACCUCGGCGGCGCUGCACUGACGCGGCACUUUACGUCGUUGAUGUCGCCGCUCGCGACGGGCCUCCUGCCGUUGAUGGAGACGAUGACGUCGGCGCAGCAGGAGAGCAUGUGGGAGUACGUGAAGGAGCGCCACUGCAGCGUGGCGGAGAGCAAGCAGGCCUUCUCCUCCGUCGACCGCUUCACCGCGUCGCCGUCCUCCGGCUCCGUCUCGUCUGCGGGUCAAGGCGCCGCGGAGGAUCGGUACAAGGAGGACUUCGUGUUGCCGGAUGGCACGGUGCUGCCAGUUAGCGGCGCGGCGCGCUUCACGCCGGGCGAGUCCUACUUCCAGCCGUCUCUCUCGCCGGCACUGCAGCACCCGCGCGAUCAGAGCGCGGUUGUGGAUGAGGUCCUCCUGCGCUCCACGCACACGCCCCUCAGUGUGCCGGAGUUGAUUGUGGAUGCGAUGCAGCGGUGCGAUCACGACCUGCUGCCCACCUUCGCCUCGCACGUCGUGCUGAGCGGCGGGGCGUCGUUGCUGCGGGGCGUGGCGCAGCGCAUGGAGUCCGAGGUGCAGGCGCGGCUGGCGGGGAUUAGCGUGGAGAGCACGCGCCUCAUCGCGGAUGUGGAGCGGCGGGACGCCGCCUUUGUGGGCGGCUCCAUCUGGGCGUCGCUUCCCGCGGCCCAGUCGCUGUGGGUGUCGAAGAGCGACUACGAGGAGGUGGGGCCGCUGGCGGUGGUCCGCGGCUGCUUUUAG